AUGCUAAUGAGCGUCGCAGCUCGCGGCGGCAGACAAAGUUCCCCCGGCUCCGCCGCACAAUGGGGCGGCGCCCCGCCCCCCGUGGAGGCGGCAGUGGUGGCCAGCCUGCGGCAGCACGCGCAGGGGCCUCUGCUGCUGCAGCAGCCGCCGCCGCUGCUGCACUUCUCCAACUCCACCGGCGCAGCGCUGAGCUGCGUCGCCCAGGGCAGUCCGCCGCCUCGCAUCUCCUGGCUCGACGCCGCCUUCAACGAGGUGUCGCACAUACCGCACAUCAGGCAAUCCCCCACCUUAGCUAAGCUCCCCACAUUAGCCAAGUUCCCCACCUUAGCCGAGUUCCCCAACUUAGCCAAGUUCCCCAACUUAGCCAAGCUCCCCACCUUAGCCGAGUUCCCCACCUUCGUCAAGUUCCCCACCUUAGCCAAGCUCCCCACCUUAGCCAAGCUCCCCACCUUAGCCAAUUCCCCCACCUCAGCAAAGUCCCCCACCUUAGCUAAGCUCCCCACAUUAGCCAAGUUCCCCACCUUAGCCGAGUUCCCCACCUUAGCCGAGUUCCCCAACUUAGCCGAGUUCCCCAACUUAGCCGAGUUCCCCAACUUAGCCAAGUUCCCCAACUUAGCCAAGUUCCUCAACUUAGCCAAGUUCCCCAACUUAGCCAAGUUCCCCAACUUAGCCAAGUUCCUCACCUUAGCCAAGUUCCCCACCUUAGCCAAGUUCCUCACCUUAGCCAAGGAGCAGCUGGCCAACGGCAGCCUGCACUUCCCGCCGUUCGCGGCGGAGCUGUUCGACCCGCGCGUGCACGCCGCUAGCUACGUCUGCCGCGCCUCGAACGCCGCGGGCGCAGUGCUCAGCACCGAGGCCCGGGUGCAGGCAGUGGUGUGGCAGGCCUUCGAGGCGCAGGUGGACAGCGUGUUCGUGGUGAAGGGCAACGUGGCGGUGCUGCACUGCCGCGCCGCCGGCCUGGCGCGCGACUGGCUGCAGGUGGCGGGCUGGCUGAGGGAGGAAGAGCCGCACGGCCGCACCACGCUGCACGCCGGGGGCAGGUACUGGGUGACGCAGCAAGGGGACCUGCACGUGAGGGACACCGCCCCAGGGGACAGCUACGGCAGGUACUACUGCUGGGCAGUCGACAGGCUGACCGGGACUAGACGCCUCAGCGCUCCGGGGCAGAUCAUCGUCUCAGAAUCUGAAGAGGACAUGGCCCCAGUCAUUGAGCACAUAACGUCCAGCUUGCACGUGAAGGUUGGCAACACUGCAGAACUGGUCUGUGUCGGGAAAGGCAACCCCCCUCCUUCAUACAGGUGGUACCGGGAGGUGUCCGGCACGCUGCGGGACGUGCAGCCCGCCGCCCCCACGGUACUGCACCUGGCGCGCGCCCAGGCGGGGGACGCGGGCCGCUACCUGUGCUCGGCGUCCAGCGCCCUGGGCGAGGACCGGCGGGAGUCCCUGCUGCGGGUGACCUCGCCGCUGUCGGCCCAGGUGAGGCCACAGCGCCUGGUGGCCGACUGGGGGUCCCCGGCCACGUUCCGCUGCACCGUGACGGGCGCCGCGCCGCGUGUGGCGUGGCUGCACGACGGCCGCCGCCUGGCCGAGGUGGACCUGGCGCUCACGCUGCCCGCCGUGGGCCGCGAGGACCAGGGCAUGUACCAGUGCGUGGCCCGGGACGGGGAGGAGAGCGCGCAGGCCAGCGCCCAGCUCGUGCUCGGAGCGAUGGCCCCCAAGCUGCUGUCCACGUUCAGCGAGCAGACCAUGCGGCCUGGACCCUCCUUGUCGCUGAGCUGUCUGGCCUCUGCCGCCCCCAAGUGUCCGAUGGCCCCCAAGCUGCUGUCCACGUUCAGCGAGCAGACCAUGCGGCCUGGACCCUCCUUGUCGCUGAGCUGUCUGGCCUCUGCCGCCCCCAAGUGUCCGAUGGCCCCCAAUUUGCUGUCCACGUUCAGCGAGCAGACCAUGCGGCCUGGACCUCCCGUGUCGCUGAGCUGUCUGGCCUCUGCCGCCCCCAAGUGUCCGAUGGCCCCCAAGCUGCUGUCCACGUUCAGCGAGCAGACCAUGCGGCCAGGACCCUCCGUGUCGCUGAGCUGUCUGGUCUCGGGCGACCCGCCCCCCCAGGUGUCCUGGCUGCUGGACGGCGCGCCCUUGCCGCCUCUGGGCUACGUCGUCGGCAGCUUCGUGCACGCCUCCGGCGACGUGGUGGCGCACCUCAACGUGUCGUCGGCGCGCGUGCUGCACGGCGGGACGUACACGUGCCUGGCACGCAACCACGUGGGCGCCGCCAGCCACUCUGCCGCGCUCAACAUCUACGGACCGCCGACGGCGCGCGCCCCGCUCAACAUGACGGUGGCGGCGGGGGCGGAUGCGCUGCUCCGCUGCCCGGUGGCGGGGUUCCCGGUGAGCCGCGUGAGGUGGGGGCGGGGCCGGGACCAGCCGGGGGCGGCGGGCGGCGGUGCCCUGGUGCUGCGGCGAGCGGAGGCGGGGCGGGACGGCGGAGAGUACCACUGCAGCGUGACCGGCCCCCAGGGUCACAGAGCCCAGGGGCUCGUUCGCCUCAGCAUCAUGAGUCCGCGAGUCGCUCGGCAAGGCAUUGCCGGGCGCAUUUGCAGUUUAAGUUACGUGGAGCUAUUUUAUGGCCCUGCUGGAUGGAUCAUCUCAGCCCUGCGCUUCAGACACGCAAACCCGCCCCGGAUAGCGCCUUUCCAGUUCGCCCCCAACCUGGAGAAGGGCAUGCGGGCGCUGCUGUCCUGCAGCAUCAUGUCGGGCGACCUGCCCAUCUCCAUCGCCUGGAGGAAGGACGGUGCGCCCUUGCCCCAGGACCACGGGCUGCAGGAGAAGCGGGAGGAGUUCGCCAGCACCCUGGUGUUCCGCGACCUUGACGCGCGCCACUCGGGCCACUACACCUGCACCGCCAGCAACGCGGCCGCCAGCGCCAACUACACCGCGUCGCUUUCCAUCCGAGUGCCGCCGUCGUGGCUGGAGGAGCCACAGGACGUGUCCGCGCUCUACCAGCAGUCGGCCAGCCUGCACUGCCGCGCGGGCGGCUUCCCCCCUCCCACAGUCACGUGGCUGCGCGGCCCAGGGGACCGGCCCGGGGAGCAGACCCGCCUGCAGCCCGACCACGGCACGGUGCUUCUCGGCAACGGCACGGCGCUGCUGCGCGCCGUCGACUCGGCCCACGAGGGCCACUACACCUGCCGCGCCGACAACGGCAUCGGCGCGGGCCUGGCCAAGACCGUCUUCCUGCGCGUCAACGUGCCGGCCCACUUCCGGACGCGCGAGCUGAGCCAGAGCGGCGUGCUGGGCCAGCCGGCCGUGCUGGCGUGCGAGGCGGAGGGAGACCUGCCCCUGCGGGUGUCGUGGUCCCAGCCGCGCGGCUCCCCCCCCGCCGCCGCCGGCAUGCCCUCCGAGCGCCACUCCCCGCGCGGGGUCUCCGCAGAGCUGCGCCUGCCGCGCCUGGCGCGCCACCACGCCGGCGACUACCGCUGCAGCGCCGCCAACAACUUCGGCAGCGACCAGAUGGUCGUGCACCUCUCCGUCAGAGAGCCGCCCGAGGCGCCCCGCCGGCUGCACCUGGCUGAGGUGGGCAGCCGCUGGCUGAGCCUGGCCUGGGCGCCGCGGGACCCUGCGCUCCCGCCCGUGCUGCGCUACGUGGCCCAGCACCGGCCCGGCGAGGGCGGCCCCUGGGCCAACCUGACCGUGGACGGCACGGCGACCGCCGCGCGUGUCGCCGGCCUGCAGCCCGCCACCACCUACUCCGUCCGCCUGCUGGCCGUCAACGAGGUGGGCGAGAGCGCCCCCAGCGACACCGUGGCCGCCGCCACCUUGCAGGAGCCACCAAGUGGAUCCCCGAUAGAGGUCUACGCUAAAGCUACAAGUUCGAAAUCGAUAAUCAUCCAAUGGAAGCCCCCGCCAGCGGCCCGCCCCCAGGUGCUGGGCUACGUGGUGUCGUGUCGCGACGUGGCCACGGACCAGACCAGGACCCGCACGCUGCGGGGAGCGGGGCGGCUGGAGGCGGCGCUGGGCCACCUGCGCCAGUUCGCGCGCUACGAGGUCGCCGUGCGGGCCUUCAACCAGGUGGGCGCCGGCCCCCCGUCGCCGCCGCUGCUCGUCACCACUCUCGAGGGUGUUCCAGACGCACCGCCCCGGGAGCUGCAGUGCGCGGCCCUCUCCUCCACCAGCCUGCGGGCCCGCUGGGAGCCCCCUCCGGCCGAGCUCCGCCACGGCGUGGUCGAGGCCUACAAGGUGUUCUACCGGCGCGCCGACCCCGCUCCCUCAGAGCGCACGGUGAACGUGGAGGUGAAGCGGACGACGAACCUGGAGACGACGCUCCACGGGCUGGCCAAGUUCACGAGCUACAGCCUCCGCGUGGCGGCCGUCACGGGCGCAGGGGAGGGCGUGCGUUCCCCCGCCAUCGCCUGCCUCACGGACGACGACGUUCCCGGGCCCCCCGAGCUGAUCAAGGCACUGGCGAUGACGUCGGACAGCGUCCUGGUGUCGUGGAACGCCCCGGCGGAGCCCAACGGGAACAUAGUCAAGUACUACGUCUAUUCCGUGGAGAGCGGCAGCCAGAGCGUGCAGCAGGAGACGGUGCCCGGCAGCGGGGAGCUGCUGUACGAGGCUCGCCAGCUGAAGGAGCUGCACCGCUACGAGUUCUGGGUGACUGCGGUCACCGCGGUGGGCGAGGGCCCCAGCAGCGCCAGAGUGUCGCAGACGCCCACCUCCCGAGUGCCGGCGAGGAUAGCCUCGUUCCCGCGGCGGCUGUGGGUGGGGGCGGGGCGCGGGGCGACGCUGCCCUGCCGCGCGGUGGGGCUGCCGACGCCGGGCCGGGCCUGGCGCGGGCCGGGCGGCGCGGGAGUCCCGGCGCCCCACCAGGCCGUGCCGGGGGGCGACCUCGCGCUGGGCCCGCUCCGCCCGGCGGACGCCGGCAACUACAGCUGCUCCGUGGAGAACGUGUUCGGGCGGGACGAGGUGUCUCACGCGGUGGCGGUGGUGGUUCCCCCCGGGCCCCCCGCGCUCAGCGUGGUCGCCGGCUCGCACGACGGCCUGUCCGUCACGUGGCGGGACUCGGGCAGCGGCGGGGGACCCAUCACGGGAUACACGCUGAGGUACCGACGGGAGUCGGAGGACUGGCAGACGCAGGUCGUGGACCCCGACUACUCCUUGUUCCCGGUGCGGGGGCUCAAGUGCGGCUGCAGCUACCAGCUGUCGCUGACGGCCGCCAACGCGGUGGGCCUGGGGAGGCCCAGCGCCGUCGUGAUGGCGUCCACCAAGGGCAGCCCGCCGGCGACGCCCGCCCAGGAGGACGUGCUGGAGGUGAACGCCACGGCGGCCGUGCUGGACCUGGAGGCGUGGCCGGACGGCGGCUGCCCGCUGCUGCGCUGGGAGGCGGAGCACCGCGCCUGGGCCGGGGGCGGCUGGGCGAGUCUCCCGCCUCCGCCCGCCCCCCGAGGGGACCCCGGGCGGGCCGUGGUGCUGGCGGGCCUCGCCCCCGGCACCUGGUACGCGCUGCGCGUCGCCGUGCACAACGACGCGGGCUCCUGCCGCCACCAGUUCGUGUUCACCACGCGCACCCGUGCCGGCGAGGUGCUGGCGUCUCACACCAUCCCCGCCGUGACGGAGCCGGAGAGCGCCGCCGACACGCCCCUGGGCCUCGUCGUGCCGGCAGUGGCUGGGGCCGUCUGCGCCGUCGCGCUGUGCGUGUGCGCCUGCCUGCUCGUCCACAGGAGCAGAACAGAAACCUGCUACACUCAAAGUCAACCAGCCAGUGAAACCAAGUCUCUGGCAGAGUUGCAGAACCAAAGGAAUUCCAAACAGCUAGGGGAAGGCGGCUGCACUCCUGAGCAGAUGUACCUACCGUCGCCGCUACGGAAGAACUUUCACAAAGACGGCAGCAACACAGGCCAGGACUACGAGAUAGGCCCCUACGAGAUGUUCAGCAUGCCGGGCAAGCUGCCCAGCUCCCCGGGCGCACAGACCAUGGACUACUGCGUGCAGUUCCAGACCUUCAGCCAGCAGGAGUGCGCCGCCGGCUGCCACGGCUCUCGCUCCCGCGCCGGCCGCGCCGCGCGCUCCUCCGACAGCCUGGAGAUCUCGUGCAUCUCCAGCCAGCAGACGCUGCAGCUGGGAGCGCGCUCGGCCGGCCGGCCCGACGCCAGCGACUCUGACAGCAGCGGUCCAGACCAGCGCAGCCUCCCGCCCGUCAGCGCUCGCAGGACCCCGCGCCGCGAGGGGCACUGUGAUCGCGACAGUACGCUGCGGGACGCUCCCCCCAGGCAGCACCACGGCCGUCACUUGUCUCGUCUGGACCACACUCUGGAGAGGCUGUCCGACAUGUGACUUCUUGCCUCGUGGGAAGCCUUUGUAACAGUGCCUUGCUGACACCGCAGCGCGACAGGACGACAGUCCGGCAGGUCCUGGCGAUCUGUCGGCUGCCCUCGCUGGAACAGCCGUCGGCUGUCUGCGCUUGCAACAGGUGCCCACAAACAGCGAACUUCAACAAACUUUUAAUUGCUCUGUAUGGCAUCCUUAAACAGUAAGUGUAAACUUCACUGUUAUAGAAGCAUCGUUUAACUAAACAAGAAAGGAAAUAUGUGGCAUCUCUUAAAUGUUGUCAUCUCAUAAAACUUAAUAAAUUGUUAUUUUGCUGUAUAA